AUGGAAGUGAACAGGGCAGCUAUAGUGAAGAGUCCACGGGCCUCGGUUGAGGUUGAACAGAUCGAAACCUGGGUACCGGGCCCUGGAGAAGUGCUAGUGCGGAAUGAGGCGAUUGCUUUCAACCCCAUUGAAGCCAAGAUCCAGAGAUGGGAAAUGUUCCAGAUUGAAUACCCGGCAAUUCUCGGAUACACGUUUGCGGGCACAGUCAUCUCGGUGGGACCAAAUGUUGAUGCAGUCGAGGUUGGCGAUCGCGUCGCAGUUGCUUGUUGGGGCCGAGCAGCUGGCGAUAACAAGUUUGGUGCCUUCCAGAAGUAUCCCCUUGCUCUGGAGGAGAACCUCGUGAAAUUAGACAGUCAAACUUCCUUGGAACAAGGCUCUGGCGUGAUGGCCAACUUAGCGACUGUUGUUGCUGCUCUUUCGGUGUGUAUGAAACUUGAUUUUCCACCUAUCAAUGGAAGGGCUCCCGCAAACGGCAAGAGAAUCUUGAUAUAUGGUGGUUCAUCCUCGGUUGGUAGUUUGGCUGUGCAAUAUGCAACAGACGCUGGGUAUGAGGUGGUGACGACAUCGUCCCCUGCCAACUGUGAUCUAGUACAGCGACGUGGUCCAUCAUGCAUUAUCGACCAUACUAAGCCAACAGAGCAGCUUCUGGGGGUACUCAAAGCCAAUGGGCCCUACGACGGUAUUUUUGAUGCGAUUGGUUCUUCAGAAGUAACAGAACUCCUCGGCAAUUUGCUCGCGGAGAACGGUGGCCUUUUUUGGUCGACAAGUCCCACGCCAGCAGACUCACACCUACCAAAGAAUGUGAAGAAGGAAUGGGCAGGGUACUCGGAUGUCCUAGUGUCACGAGAUGAGAACAAAGACGCCAAAUUGUGGUAUCUUCACGAGUACCUCCCGAAAGGCUUGUCUAGCGGCCGGAUCUUUUCAAACCCUUCGUAUAUAUUUCCAGGUGGGCUAGAUUCAGUACAGGAUGCACUUGACACUUUCAUGACCGGCAAAGUUAGCGGAAAGAAAAUCUUUGUCAAUCCGCAGGAUUGA